AAGUUUGUGAGGUUUGUCCAUCAAUUCAAAAUACCUUCGACUGGGUGAAGUGCAAAGACCGUAUUGAAUAUCUCAAACGACGUUACCGCGAAUGUGUGAAGCAUAACAAGAAGACGGGGUCGGAUCCACAACGCUGCCCAUUCUUUGAGGAACUGGACUCUGUUCUUGGUUAGUUGCUACUUUUAAGAGUAUUCAUUUUCUAUUGAAAAAUAAUUAACAGCGUACAAAAUACUUAAACUUGUGGCUAAUAAGCAUUCAUAUGAAAAAAAGACAAAUAAUAAAAUGCAGUGAAUAAGCUAGUAAUAGAGACAAGAAUUCUGUUUACGAUUUAGUAAUUUAACCAGUACUGUCGAUAUUGAGUAGAUAUUUCUGUUUCGUUAGCUUGUCGUCCUAUGACUAACCCCGGAGAUGGACACAUGGAUGUGUCAAGUUCAGAGGAAGGUGAAAAUUCUGGUACCAGUUCACACUCAUCGAGUAUAGUAGAGCCAUCAGGAGACCAAGCAGCUGCAAUGACAGCAUCUGAUAAUGACAGUGGUCCAAGGUCAGAGCUGACCUCCAAUCCCAGCCAAAAUUCGAUCAUUACAAGGUGUAAACGCAAAGGCAAAAAAACUCAAAUCAUGGAAGCCAUGGAGAGAGGGAUAAACAUGUUAAUACAACAUGACAAAGAAACAACAGCAGCAGAGGUUGAACAGCGUCUUGACAAGGAGCACAUGGCCUGGGAGAGACAGUUCCAGCAGGCCAGACUGGAUCUGGAAAGAGCACGUCUUGAAUUUGAGAUGAAGCGUCAGGAAGCUGAAGACAGGCGUGCUCAAGAUACCCAGCAAUUCAUGGUUCAAAUUCUGCAAGUGCUUAGACCUGCAAUGCCACAGUAUGGACCCUCAACUUCAUUUGCACAAUAUCAACAUCCAGCUCAGCACUAUUAUCCAUCUGAUCCAUUUGCUUUUCCACCUGGUGAAGCCUCACACCAAAAUCUGUCAACAUCAGUUGUCCAAGAUCAACGUUCCCUGUCUGACCAAAGAAAUGACCACUAGAUGUUCUGGGCAUUGUUUUUUUGCAAACAUUGUGCAGUUGCACUUGUUUGUACAAGUUAAAAGAACUGUUUAAGGAUCAAAAUUGUUGUGAAAAUAUAGGACAUGUUUUUUUGCACUAUAUUACGUUUACAUUUUUUCACUUUAAUGCCUAAUGGUGAAACUUGAAUGUGAAAGUCCAGUUUACGUUAAAAGUAAAGAGACAAAUGUUGCAUACAUGUCAUAACUUUUAUUAGACAUAUAGAUUGUAACUUUUUUUGGUUCGUACAAACAGUUGUGUUGAUCUUACAGAAGAACCAGUUACAAAGGUGCUUGAAAUGAAAAAAAUAAAUAAAAUAAAACUACAAAAAUAUUAAGCGAAUAUAUUUAAUCACAUUGCACACAUCAACAAUCACUGAUUUUCAGAAAUGUACCAUACUUAAUACUUCACGGAUUUGCUCUGCAGUAGAACUGGCCAGGUCAAGCGGCUCGGGUGUAACAAGGGUACCUUCAUCAUCUGCAUGUUCCUGCUCUGUGUCUUCCUCCUCAGGCAUCUCUGCUCUGCUCUGCUCCUGUGGGAAAUCCAGCUUCCAAGACUCACAAAAGUUGUGCAGCACAAUGCAAGCUGCAACAACAAACUUAAUGUUUGUAGUUUGACUAUCAGUGCGCUUCAUUAGGCAGCGCCAUCUGCCCUUUAGACGGCCAAAAGCAUGUUCCACAUGAAUUCUUGCCCUACUCAGACAUGCAUUGAAUUGCAGUUGGGGCCCUCUUGCAACUCCUUCUGGGAACGGUUUCAUGACAUUACGAGAGAGACUAUAAGCAGAGUCAGCCACAAUCAGCACAGGAAUGUCAACACCUUGUAUUGUCUUGGUGAGUGGUGGAAAGCAGGUGCCAUUUUCCAGCUUUGCAUGUAGUUUUGAGUUUUGAAAAACAAAAGAGUCGUGGCACUUCCCUGGCCAGCCAACUUAAAAAUCUUGAAACAUGUACUGGUGGUCAACCAAGCCCUGUAGUAUCACGCUGUACCACCCCUUUCUGUUGUAGUAAUCAGUGUGAAAGCUGGAGGGUGCUAGGAUGGGAAUGUGUGUUCCAUCCAGGGCCCCAGCACACAUGGGAAACCCUGACUUCUCUUGAAAUCCUUUGAUUAUGGUUUUCACGUCUUCUUCACUUUUUGGCAUUCCAAUAAACUUCCUUUUCAGUUGGCAGAGACCCUUACAAACCUCCCAAAAUACAUCACAGGCAGUGCUCACCCCAAUUCCAAAGAGGUUUGCAACAUCAUGGAAUUCAGUGUUACUUGCUAACUUGUAAAGUGUCAGA